AUGGUGCCACUGCCUCGCAGCUCUUCCUUCGUCACGGUCAAGUCCAGCCGGUUGUCCAUCAAGGGGUCCGGGGGUUCGUCAUACACACGAAUGCUGCUCACCCGCCGCUUCUCGGCCUCAUCGGCCUCAUACAGCAGCGAAGCUCCGGAUUCGUCUAUGAUUCUUGCCAAGCCAUCCUGGUCCCUUCGGUCUCUUCUUCCCGCCUCCUCAGAUCCCACUCCACCCGGAGACACUACUGUGAGCCCAGCUCAACUCCACCACCUUCUCCGGCUUUCUGCCCUACCCUUACCCAGGGACAGCACAGAGGAGACCAAGAUGAUCAGUACUCUGCAGUCGCAAUUGCUUUUUGUUCGCGAUGUGCAACGCGUCGAUACGGCGAAUAUUGUGCCGCUAAGGUCUAUUCGGGACGAAACGCGCGCCGCCAUGUUGGAGCAAACCGUCGGCACCGCUCAGCUCGAGCAUGCUUUGGGUCAGGAGGAAUUCUUCGGCCACAGCAAACGGCCGCGGCGGCGAAGAUCGCGGCCAGAGGCUUCCGAUGCCGAAGACUGGAACGCGCUGGAGCUGGCGUCGCAAUCGAGUGGGAAGUACUUCGUGGUCAGGAGUGGAAGGAACUGA